CAAUUGUAUAAUGUAUUUUGUGAAUCGAGCGUGGAUGCAACUAGUGAUCAUUUUAUAACAAAACCAAUUAUUUAACCAGUUAAUUACUCCAGAAUUGAUUCCUUAAAAAUGCCUGAAAAUAAGGAUCUUGUUCUAUGUUACAAUCGAGGAUGUGGAAAGCUUUUUAAUCCCAAUGAUAACGACAAAGAUGAGUGCUGUCAUCAUCCUGGAUCACCUGUGUUCCACGAUGCCUAUAAAGGAUGGUCUUGUUGCAACAAAAAGAGUGUUGAUUUCACUGAAUUCCUAAAUAUCAAAGGAUGCACACAGUCAAAGCACUCAAAUGUGAAACCACCAGAGCCAGAGAAGAAAGCAUUAGACAAAGAGUUGGAUAAAAAAGAGGUGAUAGAAGUGAGAGCACCGAUAGUGGGACCUCAGCUUGUGAGACCACCAUUUGACACACCACUGGUAACCCUAGAAGCACGUAUUGCAGAUUCACUUAAAGAUAUUGUCAACAAGAGUGCACAACAGACUGCAAAAUCUUCUGAAAGUGGAGCCAUAGAAAUUGGAACUACAUGCAAGAACGGUGGAUGCAAUGUGUCUUACGAAGGGCCACAGAGUAACAAUUCAAUGUGCACAUAUCACCCAGGGUGUCCUGUAUUCCACGAGGGUCUGAAGUUUUGGUCCUGCUGUCAGAAACGCACAACCGAUUUUAACACCUUCCUCAGUCAACCGGGUUGCACAACUGGAAAUCACAAAUGGCUGAAAGAGAGUGCACCUUCUGGUACAGUUAAAUGUCGCUGGGAUUGGCACCAAACUCCCGACUAUGUCAUCAUAAGUGUAUACGCUAAGAAGUACAAUCCUACAGCAAGCUUUGUUAAAAUAAACCCUAUUCGCUUAAACACUAAAUUAAUUUUUACCGAAGAAGACAACGCUGCUUUUGAAUUGGAUCUAGAAUUAAGAGGGGUAAUUGAUGUAAGUAAGAGCAGUGCUUCAAUGUUGUCUACAAAAGUAGAGAUUAAGCUUAAAAAGGGUGAGCCCGGUGCUUGGAGUAAAUUAGACUUCCCCCGAGAAGCCCCGAAAAAGGAAGUAGCACCACCAACACAAGUUGUUGAAGCAGAUCUUGACGAUGCAGUGGAUCUGUCAGAUGUUGAAGCCAUCCAUUCUAUUGGGAAAGUCAAUGUGUCAGACUAAAAAUGCACAAAUAAAUAAUUUAUA